AUGGCCGCCCGGCCGGGAGAGGAGCACGUCGCUACGCUCUACGGAGACAUCCACUACUUUUAUGGCCCGCCGACACACAACCCGCGCCAUCACCGGUUCGACAAGGGCUCCUAUGUGUACCUGUUUGAGGAUGCGAACCAAGGGCGCGCGCGCAUAGAAAUUGCCAACAAUCCUGGGACUGACGAACAGGAUGCGUUUGACGGCUAUCUCGACAGAGUCCACCUUCGUUACUCGUACAAACACACUUGCCUCGUAACACUCACUGUCGGCGAGGUCCAGGGGAAUGAUGAAUGGCAUCUGCCAACCUAUGACCCUCACAACCAGAAUAAAUACCACUACAAGCUCCAUUCGCUCGACAUCUACUUCUGGAUGCCCCAGGACGCUGUGCAGUUCCUCAACGGUAUCAGGCGCGUGCUUCCGCCGCCGCAAUGCGAGAUCUUGGAUGAGCCCGGGCCGCCGCCUCGCCACGAGGCCGAACCCAGCGCUGCCGGGGCACCGUCCUUUCCCGGCCCGCCUAUGUCAGCUGUUCAUGGCUCAGCAGAUGGGCCGUCGCCCCCGCCUCAACAAUUCACCCCCAUCGCUUACAACCCCGCCGCACCGCCCGCCCCUGAGGAAGUCCGUCACCGUGAGAAGACGCCGCCGCCCGAAGAUGGGAUCGGAAACCCGCUACACCAGACGCUUGCCUAUGAUGCGGCGACGCCAUUCUCGCCCGGCCUUGUCCCAAGUGGGCUGGGCCCGCUCAGCCCGGGCAUCCCUCCGCCGAAUCUUCAGCACCCGCCGGGCGCCCCGAUGUUCCCCGGCCCGCCCCAGCCCAGCCUUGCCUCGCCCGGCUUUGCGCCCCAGGGUUUUGGUUCCCUUGGGGGGCAAGCGGCGGGCAUGGCUCAGCAACCGCCGGUGCACCCGGGUAUUUCCCGCGCCGCCACGAUGCCAGUACACGGCGGGGGCACCCCGCUCGCAAGCCCGGGACUGGCCAGCCCUUACGGUGCCGGGACGUUCCCCAGCCAUGUGCAACAACAACAAUACACGCCCGGACUCACGCAUACGCCCACACCCCCUGGGGGUGGGGUAGGAAUGCCUCCGGCGGCUGGGCGGGGGCAGGUGCCGCAGAACUAUUCGGUGCACCAGCAAUUUUAUAUCCCUGAGGGGGAGUACCAGCCGAAGCAGGAGACUAGGGGCAGGUUUGAGGAAAAUGCGGGGAAACUGGAGAGGGGUGUUACUGGCAUGUUCAAGAAGAUCGAGAAGAGGUUCGGGUGA